UAAAGGGCAGUCUUCAACAGCUUCUGUUUGGUGACCAUCAUGAAUAAUCUUUACAGAAAAAAAACAAAGAUAAUUACUGAAGUCAGAACAGCCUGAAUUUACUUUCUGGCUUGAUGACCAAGGGCUUUUCUGUUAAAAGAUGGAAGUUCAGACUCCAGAUCACGGAGCUCCUGUCCAGACCAACAUCAUAGCUCAGACAGGAGGAACCACCUGUGCUCCUGUGAUUGACGGAAACACUGUUCAGGGGUCGCUGACAGUUAUAAACAACAUAUAUGGAGCUCAGGAAGCUCCCACUUCCAGCAGCAGCUCAGUUCAGGCUGGAUGCUCUCCUGGUGCUUCUGCUUUAACUGAAGAAUACAUAACCAUGUCUAAACAAACACACAAAUCUGAACUAGAGAAGACAUAUAGGAGUAUAAAUGAAGGAGUGUCACAAGAUGGAAACUCAACACUCCUGAAUAAGAUUUACACAGAGCUCUACAUUACAGAGGGUGGGAGUGGAGAAGUCAAUAAUGAACAUGAGGUGAGACAGAUAGAAACAUCCAGCAGAUGGCCAAAACAAGAGACAACAAUCAACUGCAAUGACAUCUUCAAACUCAUACCUGGAAAAGACAAACCAAUCAGAACUGUGCUGACAAGAGGAAUAGCUGGAAUUGGAAAAACAGUCUCUGUACAGAAGUUCAUUCUGGACUGGACUGAAGGAAAAGCAAAUCAGAAUGUUGCCUUUGUAUUUCCACUUCCUUUUAGGGAGCUGAAUUUGAUAAAGGAAAAAAAGCUCAGCCUGAUGGAUCUUCUUCAUCUCUUUUUUCCACAAAUCAAACAAUUUCGAUUAAUAGACUUAAUAAACUGUGCUGACUACACAGUCAUUUUCAUCUUUGAUGGUCUGGACGAGUGUCGACUUCCACUAGAUUUUGAGAAAAAUGAGAUUUUAUCUGAUGUAACAGAAUCAGCCUCAGUAGAUGUGCUGCUGACAAACCUUAUAAGGGGAAAGUUGCUUAGCUCUUCUCUUCUCUGGAUAACAACUCGACCAGCAGCGGUUAAUCAGACCCUUCUUCAGCAUAUUAAUCAGGUAACGGAGAUACGAGGGUUCAGUGACCCUCAGAAAGAGGAAUACUUCAGGAAAAGAAUCAGUGAUCAGAGCCUUGCUGAAAAGAUCAUAUCUCACAUAAAGUCAUCAAGAAGCCUCUACAUCAUGUGCCACAUACCAGUCUUCUGUUGGAUUUCAGCCACUGUUUUAGAGGACAUGUUGAGAGAAGCAGAGAGUGGAGAGAUCCCCAAGACUCUGACUCAAAUGUUCACAUAUUUCCUGAACUUCCAGAUCAAACACAGCAGCCAAAAAUACAGAGGAACAAGUGACAUUGAUCCUCAUGAGACUAAAAAGAUGAUUCUGGCACUGGGAAAACUGGCUUUCCAACAGUUAGAAAGUGGCAACAUAAUCUUCUAUGAGGAAGACCUAAGAGAGUGUGACAUUGAUGUCAGAGAAGUGUCAGUGAACUCAGGAGUCUGCACUCAGAUCUUCAAAAAGGAGUUUGAGAUGUGCCUGGGUAAGGUGUUCAGCUUUGUUCAUUUGAGUGUUCAGGAGUUUCUUGCUGCUUUAUAUGCUUUUCUUGCUUUCAUCUAUGCACACAAAAAUGUGCUAGAAAAAACUACUGGAUUUUUUGAUUUCUUUAAAAAGUUACAAAUGUUUGACUUCCUCAAGUGUGCAGUGGACAAGGCUUUAAAGAGUGAGAAUGGACACCUGGACCUUUUCCUCCGCUUCCUUCUGGGCCUCUCACUAGAGUCCAAUCAGACUCUCUUACGAAGGAUACUUCCACAAACAAGAAAGGGCUCACACAGACGAGAGCAAAUAGUUUGGUACAUCAAAAAGCAGAUCAAGGACAAUACCUCUUCUGAGAAAUCCAUCAAUCUGUUCCACUGUCUGAACGAACUGAAUGAUCAUUCUCUAGUGCAGGAAGUAAAAAUGUGCUUGAGCAAAAGAGGUGUGAGUUGUUUCAAUGGAGCUAAGCUCUCUCCUGCUCACUGGUCAGCUCUGGUGUUUGUGUUACUAAACUCAGAAGAGGACCUGGAGGAUUUUGACUUGAGCAAAUAUGAACCAUCAGAGGAGUGUCUUCUGAGACUGCUGCCAGUCAUCAAAGCAUCCAGAAAAGCAGUGCUGUGUGGUUGUAAUCUCACAGAGAAAAUCUGUGAAGAUCUGGCCUCAGCUCUCAGCUCAAACUUCUCAUGUCUGAGGGAACUCGACCUGAGUUACAAUAACUUGUACAAUUCAGGAGCCCAGCAGCUCUCUGCAGGACUGAAGAAUCCAAACUGUAAACUGGAAACACUUAAGCUGUCCGGCUGCAGUAUUACAGAUAAUGGCUGUGCUGAUCUGCUUAAAGCUCUGAAAUCAAACCCAUCAUACCUGAGAGAACUGAAUCUGAACUACAAUAAACCAGGAGGAUCAGGAAUAAAGGAGCUCUCUGAUCUACUGAAGGAUCCACACUGUAAACUGGAGAAACUACAGCUGGAAUAUUGCAAAAUUACAAUGGAAGACUGUGCUGCUCUAGUUAAAGCUCUGAAAUUAAACCCAUCAUACCUAAGAGAACUGAAUCUGAACUACAAUAAACCAGGAGAUUCAGGCAUGAAGGAGCUCUCUGAUCUACUGAAGGAUCCACACUGUAAACUGGAGAAACUACAGCUGGCAUAUUGCAAUAUUACAGAGGAAGGCUGUUCUGCUCUAGUAAAAGCUCUGAAAGUAAACCUGUCACCACUAAGAGAGCUGAAUCUGAAUGACAGUGAACCAGGAGAGUCAGGAGUGAAGGAGCUCUGUGAUCUACUGGAGAAUCCAAAUGGGAAACUAGAGAAACUACAACUGUCUGGCUGCAGCAUUACAGGUGAAGGCUGUGCUGGUCUUAUUAAAGCUCUGAAAUCAAAACACUCACACCUGAAUGAGUUGAACCUGAACCACAAUAAACUAGGAGAUUCAGGAGUGAAGGAGCUCUCUGAUCUACUAGAGGAUCCACACUGUAAACUGGAGAAACUACAACUGUCUGACUGCAGGAUUACUGGUGACAGCUUUGCUGAUCUAGUGAAAUCUCUAAAAUCAAACUGCUCACACCUGAAAGAACUGAGUCUGAACUCGAAUGAUCCAGGAGAUUCAGGUGUGAAGGAGCUUUCUGAUCUACUGGAGGAUCCACACUGUCAACUGGAGAUAUUACAGCUGUGUGACUGCUGUAUUACAGAUAAAGGCUGUGCUGAUCUGCUUAAAGCUCUGAAAUCAAACCACUCAUCACACUUGAGAGAGCUGAAUCUGAGUGGCAAUGAUCCAGGAGAUUCAGCAUUGAAGGGGCUCUUUGAUCUCCUGAAGUAUCCACACUUCAAUCUAGAGAAACUGCAGAUUGCAGGUGAAGGCUGUGUUGCUCUUGUUAGACCUCUGCAAUCAAACCCCUCAUCACAGCUGAGAGAGCUGAAUCUGAACUGGAUUUAUCCAGGAGAGUCAGGAGUGAAGGAGCUCUCUGAUCUACUGAAGCAUCCACACUGUAAACUGGGCAUACUACGGCUGGAAUACUACAGUAAUACAGAAGAAGCCUGUGCUGAUCUGGUUAAAGCUCUCAAAUCAAACCCUUCACAUCUAAGAGAGCUGAACCUGAACUACAAUAAUACAGAGUCUGCAGUGAAGGAGCUCAUUGAUCUACUGGAGCAUUCAGAGUGUAAAAUGGAGAAACUAGACCUGGAAAGUUGCUUUAUUCCAGAGGAAGGCUGUGCUGCUCUGGUUAAAGCUCUGAAAUCAGAACCAUUACACUUGCAAGUGCUGAAUCUGAACUGGAAUGAUCUAGGAGAUUCAGGAUUGAAGAAGCUCUCUGAUCUUCUGAAGGAUCCACACUGUGUUCUGGUAAAAUUACUGCUGGAGUGGUGUGGUAUUACAGGUGAAGGCUGUGCUGCUCUAGUUAAAGCUCUGAAAUCAAACUCCUCAUCACAGCUGAGAGAGCUGAACCUGAGCUACAAUGAACCAGGAGAUUCAGGAGUGAAGGAGAUCUCUAAUCUAAUAGAGGAUCCAAACUGUAAACUGGAGAUGCUACAGCUGGAGUGGUGUGGUAUUACAGGUGAAGGCUGUGCUGCUCUGUUUAAAGCUCUGAAAUCAAACCCCUCAUCACAUCUGAGAGAACUGAAUCUGAACUACAAUAAACUAGGAGAUGCAGUAGUGAAGCAGAUCUCUGAUCUACUGAAGGAUCCACACUGUAAACUGGAGAAACUAGAUAUGUAUGACUGCAGUAUAACAGGUGAAGCCUGUGCUGCUUUGUUUAAAGCUCUGAAAUCAAACCCAUCACAGCUGAGAGACCUGAAUCUGAACUGGAAUGAACUAGGUGAUUCAGCAGUGAAGGAGCUCUCUGAUCUACUGAAGGAUCCACACUGUAAACUGGAGAUACCACAAAUUACACCUACAGCUGAGUGGUCAUAAGUCUCCCACAGUGGACGUUAUGAAGAGGACACACACACACAGAAUGCAGAUCUACAUGCUCCAUGUUUUGGUCCUUACUGCUGAAAUCUGUCCAAUGUCCAUUAUGUCUGUGGAGGUCUAUAAGCAUUGCAAGCAUGAGCCAAGUUUUUUAAAGUAAACGUACAUGUGAGUUUAUGUAAAAUCAUACUGUGAAGCAUGGCGGAAGAGCUCAACCAAACAGAAAUGUAUUGUAUUGUAUCUAACUUUGCAUAGUCUUUGAAGACUGCUUUCAUUUAGCUAGUCAUAGAUGUCAGGGCUUUUUUAUUCUAGAAAAAGUGAACUUUUAUGAACUGAAAUUUUGACCUUUGAAGUUUGAGUAUGGAAGCAUAUCACUAUUAAAAUUUAUAUGAAAAUAUAAUAUGUAAAAUGACAAUGUAAGUUUGCAUUUAAAUUUCCCACUAAUAUAUGCAAUGUUGAGCUCAAAAUGAAAAUUCAAUACUUUGAUUUUAAUUUGCCAUUUGGUAUACUAAUAUUGAUAUUUCAUUUACGCAAAGAUUUAGAUACUUUAUGAAUAGCUUUUUUGAUUUUGAUUAUGCAAUAAUUGUAUCAAAAUGAUAAGUAAAAACUAAUUUAUCUUAUAUGGAUUUUCAGUUUUUAAUAAUGUAUUUAAAUUGCAUUAGUAAAGAGAACACCAAGCGUGAAAGUGGGUAAGGUUCAAAUGUAAAAAGGGAAACAGCGCCUCUUCUGUUUGCAUUUACAUAUUGCACAUUCUGGUGCCUCAAUGUGUCCCGAUGUUACAGCAGCACCGUUUACAGAAAAUAACUAAGUUAAGCCUUGUUUCAUAAACAGAGAGGUGGCUGAAAGUGAGGCUGUUAAUAAAUAAGUAUUAAUAAAUAAACAUUAUUUUAAAAAAGGAAAGCAGGACAUUGGAGAACGCCGAGUUAAAUUUGGUUCAAAUAUAUUACGGUACCAACACGGUACAGCAGCCACUGUGACAGGAUGGUUGUGAGACUUACAAAUGUCUAUGUGUACCAGUACCAUUACAACAAAAUAAUUUUAAAAGUAGAUUGUUGAUGCCUUCUGUGUACCUUAGAAAACAGCCCUCGAUGCUGGAUUCAUGCUCUGCCCUGACAGGAUAA